AUGCGGAUUUUCACGUUAGGCGGCGGGAAACCGCGCAAGCAGAUGCCUGCAUCUUCAAGCUGGUUUCCCAGCUGGUCUGAUUAUGUUGGACGACCAAAAUACGAUUAUUUCAUGGUCUGUUUUGCUUUCUCAUGAGAAAUUUGGGUGUGGGACAGGAUCUGAAAACUUUGUAGAUUGUGUGAAGGAUGUAGGUAGUACGUACUUUAGGUUAAAAAGGUUUUUACUUAAUGGUUAGGAAAAAAGGUCCGUUUUGAGGACAUUUGGGUAGUGUAAUAAUAUUAUGUUGGACGUCUUGGUGGAGGUAUGCUUUCGUGUUAUGGACUGAACGCUAGGCAAAGUAUGGCUAGUUAAAGCGUCUUUGAUAUUCUAAAAGACUAUUUUAAAAUUUCACUUGGAAAGGUUUGAAAAUUAUAUUAUUGGCAUAUGAUGGUCACUAAGAGCAAUAUUUGAUAAAAAAAAGUUUUAAAUAUGAAAUUAUAGUAAAUUGUUAGAUAAAAAGUAAAAGUAGUGUCUCAGUAAGUUUUAGGGUUAAAAGCAGCUUGGUAGGUUCAAAACCCAUUUAGUACGAACAGUUUUAACAUUACCAUGUUUUAGACACACGAUGGCCGGGCCGACAUGACAAAUUUCGAGAUGGACCUCCUGGAUACACGAGUGAAUAACUUUCCGAUGGAAAAGGAAGAGUCUGAGGAAUGUUGUAAGAACUCAAUCAUUAAGCCAGCUUGUUUGCCGAUCACAAUAUUGGCCAUCUUGUUGUUGAUCACCUUUUUCAUGCCUUUGUUUAAUGAUGAUGCUGAAAAUACAAAGAAGUUUGAGAAAACUGGUAUUUGUACUGAUUUUUGCUCGUAAGUUAUUUUUUUUAUGGUGUUUUGGUAUUUAGGAACAUUUGUUUAUGGUUAUGGAUAGUGAUACAUCUGGUGCUCAGUGUAAUAUCCGAAAAUGCUUUAUAACUUAAAGAAGCAAAGACCUUUUGAUCUGAAAUUUGUAUAUAUUGUAAACAGUUCUUUCUUUUCAGUAUCGACAUAGUAGAAUCAAUUCCAACGAAUCUAACUUAUCCAGGAGGUCCUACACAUGCUCCAACUCAUGCUGCUUUCCUCGAACUUUUGAAAAAUGCUCAGAAAACCGUACAAAUAGCUGCAUUGUAUUGGAAUUUAAGGGAAGAUGUUAAGAAAUGGCCUACUGCUAUUCAGGUAAGGUUUUGUAUUGUUUUGUGUUCGUGUUUAGGUAAAUUGGGCUUGUUUCCGACUUGGUUAAGGAGUAGAUACCAAGUGCAAUAUAUUUAUGGAAGUUUUUGUGAGACUUUGAAGGUUUAUAGAUACUAGAUCAUGUAUGAUGCUAAGAAAUGUAUUUUUCAGGGCGAAAACGUUUAUCAAGCGUUGGUAGACACAGGAAAACGUGGAGUAAAGAUUCAAAUCGUCCAAAAUUCUCCUUCUACUCAGUUCCCUCAGCUAGAUUCAGAAGAUUUACAAAAGUUAGGUCUCGCAGACGUGAAAUCAAUCAAUUUCACACAACUUUUUGGUCACGGUGUGCUUCACACAAAGUUUUGGAUCGUAGAUGACGAGCAUGUUUACAUUGGAUCAGCUAAUAUGGACUGGAAAUCAUUAACUGAAGUCAAAGAACUUGGUGUUUUGAUUAGAAAUUGUUCUUGUAUAGCGACGGAUUUGCAGAAGAUCUUCACCAUCUACUCGAGGAUUGCUGAAGCCGAUAGUAAGAUACCUAGUCGAUGGCCUUUGAACUUGAGGACACACUUUAACCAUGAACAUCCGCUGGAGAUCAACAUGAAUGGAAAGUGGCAGAAAACGUUUAUUUCUGUGAGUUUUUGGCUUUUUUAGUUUGAUUUUUAGGCAAAAUUGAUAAGAACAAGGUGAAAAUCAACGAGUUUAAGUGCUUGAUCUACUUUAAUAUAACUAUAGGUGUUUUUCCUGAUCUAAAAUAUUGUUUUAGAGCCUUUUGAUUUAAAACAACAUAGAAUUUUGCUCUAUAUUAGCUAUGAAAUGAAAUUAUUUCAGAGCUCUCCAGAAGAAUUUAAUCCAAAAGGUCGAGAACAUGAUCUGAGUGCGAUCGUAUCAGUGAUGGAGAGAGCUGAAGAGCAUGUUAACAUAGCUGUCAUGGAUUACAUACCCACUACAUUGUACAUGGGUAGAGGGCAUGAUUUGUGAGUUUUUGUGAAGAUAUUGUACUAGUACUAGCAAAAAUAUAGGUUAGUGGUACUAUUGGUACUGAAAAUGGUGCUAAUGGUACUAGUGGUACCAAAAAAAUUUUUUAGGCUUUUAUAUUACUGAUACUGAAAAUGGUACUAAUAGUGUUGAAAAUGAUACUAAGGGUACUAAAAAUGGUGCUAAUGGUACCAGUGGUACCAAAAUAUUUUUUUUAGAUUUUUUUGAAAAGUCAACUUGAUCUAAAUUUUAGCUACUGGCCAUACCUGGACAAUGGCAUCAGAGCCGCAGCAUACCGUGGGGUCACUGUAAAUUUACUGAUCAGUCAAUGGGAUCACAGUCGACCGGAAAUGCUAGGAUUUUUGAGGUCUUUGAGGGAAAUAAACUCGGUUCUACCUCAUAGAGAGGGCAAACAAGGCAAAAUCAAUGUGGUAAGUUGAUAAUUGUCGUAUAAAUAUAUUAUCUUAUUAAAGAUUGCAAAAACUUUCUUUACAAAGCUGAAAAUGGCAAGAAUUUUCAAUUUUUCGGCACGGAGCAAGAGAUUUUUUGAUUGCACGGUGCAGUUAUUUUUUAAAAGUUUACAGUGUCAUUCUUUUUAGAACAAUUAGUAUGAAUACUGCCUUAGAAGCUUUUUAUGAAUAGAUACUAAAAUAUAUUACAAAUUUUGUUACCUAAAAUACGCCUAUAAUUGCACAGUGCAAAAAACAAAUGUUUUUGCACGGUGCAAUAAAAUUAAAAAUUUUUUUUUUGAAUUUUUGAAAUUUUUUAAAUGAAUUAAGAUUUGAAAAGCUAAUUUUAUAAAAUCUAUGGUAAAAAUAGACUUAAAAAUGUAACAUUUCAAAAGUUAUGACCAACUUCAACUUCAGAAGCUCUUCACCGUCCCAAAAGACGAGCCCUAUCAGAAGCAACUGCCAUUUGCCAGAGUAAAUCACAACAAAUACAUGGUCACGGACAACACCGCAUACGUAGGCACAUCGAACUGGGCCGGUGAUUACUUUAUCAACACAGCUGGAGUGGGAUUAAUCAUCAAAAAGGACCGAUCUGACACCUUGGUUCAGCAGUUUAAUGCCGUUUUUGAUAGAGAUUGGAACUCCAAGUAUGCUAAGGAGCUGCCUUGA